AUAUUAGAGAAUUGAAGGACUUGUUACAUUUAAAAGGGGAGCUUUCUAUUACUGGAUUGGAAAAUGUGGUGAAUGUUCGAGAUGCUAGGGAUGCUAAUCUAAUGGACAAGCAUGGUAUUGAUGGCUUAUAUUUGAAAUGGGAUAGUGAGUUCCUUGAUCACCAAAAGGAAGAAGGUGAAAUGCAUGUUCUCGAUAUGCUAAAACCUAAUAAGAAUCUGAAAGAACUUGCAAUUUCAUUUUAUGGUGGUAAAAGAUUUCCAUCUUGGUUAGGAGAUCCCUCUUUCACUAAUAUUGUGCACAUGAGCCUCAGUAACUGCAGUAAAAGCAUGUCACUUCCAUCGCUUGGGGGACUGCCAUCAUUGAAGAAGUUGUUCAUCCGAGGCAUGAAUGGAGUCAAGAAGGUGGGUCUUGAGUUUUAUGGAGAUGGUUUGCCUUCUACUGAGAGGUUUCUGUCAUUGGAAAUUUUGUGGUUUCAGAAUAUGUUAGAAUGGGAACAUUGGUCUUCCACUCAUAAAGGUGAUGAAGAUUUAGCUGAUGAAUUUCCUUCUCUUCAUGAGCUCUUGAUACAAAAUUGUCCAAAGCUAACUGGGGGCUUACCAAGAUGCCUUCCUUCCCUUGUGAAGCUUAUCAUUAGUCGCUGCCCAAAGUUGGAGGGUUCACUUGUGAGACUCCCCUCCCUUUGCGAAUUACAUAUUGAAGAUUGCAACAAGGAGCAACUGUAAAAUUUUGUUCACCUUGCAUGUCUGCCACAAGAGAUGCUAGAGUCUCUAGGUACACUUCAAACCUUUGAUGUUUCCAGAUGAAAAGUGUCUGCUUCCUCCAACUCUCACUUCUAUAGUCAUUUCCAAACUCAACAAUCUGGAAUCUCUAUCCACAGAACUGCAAAACCUGACCUCUCUUGAAGGGCUAGAAGUCAGUGAUUGUCCAAAGCUUCAUGAGUUGCCAAGGGAAGGAAUGCUUGCAAAACUUGGAAAACUUUGUACCAGAAACUGUCAACUUCUACAACAAUGCUUAAAGAAGAAAGUGGCAUAUUGGCCAUUGAAAGCCGCAUCCCUUGCAUAGAAAUAGCAUGAUUGAAUUCAAAAAAGACCCAGCAGUCAACUGUUGCAAGUGAGCUGUUUUUGGUAUCAAAUUGUGGGAGGCUGGUGGUGAUGGAUUCAAGGAGGAGGAGAACCAGGGAGCCCUUUACCUUUGCUCAGAGCUACUGCAAGUUCAAUGGCUGGAUUAUGAAUGUAUUUCAACGUCAAAUUGGUCACACAGUAUCUUAAUGUUAAAUUGGUUACAUAGAUUUCUUAUUUUUUUGACUCAUGCAGAUUUAAACACAUUUUCUCCAUCGAACUUGGUGUUGCAGCACACCACAUACAGAGGGAAUAAAACACUUUUUAGCUU